AUGAUUGGAAUAUUAGUCCGGAGAACUGGAAACCUAAGCCGGUAAGAAUGAUAUUCUGCUUAUGAUUUGUCGUUUUAGUUUCCACAGAGUCAAUCCGAAAUUCCAUUGGAAUAACAGACAUGUCUGUGUUAUCGAACCGCAUCGGUUUUAUGCCGCCAACGAUCGAAGCAAGGUCGAAGAAACUUUAAAGAUGCUGAAGGAAGACCUUGAACGACAGCAAAAAGAAGAAACUGAACGGAAGAAAGAAGUAAGACCUUUAAUUUGAUAUUCUGUAGCUUUAGAGUAAAAAAAUGAUUUAAAAAAGCAAAAGAAAAUCAAACAACGAUAUAUUACACCUGAUGAAGGUUAUCAAAAAUUUAUGUUUUAUUUUAGAACAAAGCUUUGGCUCAAAAACUCCCGUUAAAGACCCGAGUUAUUCAUGAAAUCAAACAUUAUUAUCAUGGAUUCAGACUUUUGGUAUUGGAGACCAGGUUAUCAGCCAAGUAUUUAUAUCGCUUGGCCCGUGGUGAUACCCUGACAAGGAGAGAGCGGCAACAGAUGGUUCGGACAGUCUCCGAUCUGUUCAGACUCAUCCCAUUCUCUUUCUUUGUUAUUGUGCCAUUUAUGGAACUUGCUCUUCCAUUCUUCAUUAAGUUGUUCCCCAGUAUGUUGCCAUCGACUUUCCAAGAGCAGUCCAAGGAGGUGAGUAUUACGUUUUUCUCUUUUGUUUUUAGGUGCUGUAUGAUGUGUGGUGCUGAUUUUUUUGUUUUAGAAGGAAAAGAUUAGAAAACAAUUGAAGAUCCGUCUAGAAAUGGCCAAAUUCCUUCAAGAUACAUUGGAAGAGAUCGCUCUUGAGCGUCGCAAGAAGGAAGAAGGCUCGGCCGAAAAGUCCAAAGCUUAUGAAUUUUCUCAAUUCUUGAGGAAGGUGAGACAAGAAGGAGCUCUAGUCACAAAUGAGGAGUUAUUCAAGUACGCCAAGUUGUUUGAAGACGAGCUUACUCUGGAUAACUUAUCUAUGGGGCAGUUGCGAGCUUUAUGCCGAAUGCUUGGAGUCCAGCCUCUUGGAACCCCUGAGAUCUUGAGAUUCCAGUUGAAUCUGAAGUUGAGAGAACUCAAAGCUGAUGAUAGGGUAAGUUAUAGUUUGGUUUUUGAAUUUAAAUUUAGAUUGAAGAUGAUUUACGGUCUAAAAUUUCAGUUAAUCAUGGCUGAAGGAGGUGUGGAUGCCCUUUCAAUUCCGGAUCUUCAACAGGCUUGUCGUCAACGAGGAAUGAGAGCUAUUGGUGUGUCGGAAGAUAGGCUGAGGUCUCAGGUAAGAACUUCUAAUUGAUACGUUUUUAUUGUUUUAGCUCCGACAAUGGCUUGAACUCUCCCAGAACGACAAAAUGCCCCCGUCGAUGCUGCUUCUGAGCAGAGCCCUCUUUUUGCCCGAGGACAUUUCAUUCUCAGAACGUCUGAAGAAGAUCGUGCAACAAUUGCCAAUGGAAUUGGGAGAACAAACUAAGCAGAAAUUGACCGAGUUGGAAGGAGGGAAAGUUGAUCCAAAAGAACGUAUGGCUUUGAUCAGGUCGAUUGAAGAUGGACUCAAGAAGGAAAGACAAGAAGCCAAGGCUGAUGCUGAGCAAAAGAAGAAGGCCGAAGAAGAUAAGAAGAGAGCAGAUGUGGAGAAAAUGGAAGCUGAGAAAGCGAAGAUUGAAGAAGAAGAUAGAAAACUUAGAGAGACCUUGGAAGUGGAGAAACCAGCUGUGGACACGGCGAAGGACAUCAAUGAAGUCCUCCAGACGGCUCAUGAUUCUGUGAAGGAUCUCCAUGUUAGUGGCACAUUUGAUAAUUUUUAUGCAAUAUUUUUGAAGACUAAUAUUAUUGUUUUAGGCUGAGGUUGCCAAGUUCCAUAACGUUGUUCAUGAAGAAGCCGAAGCUGAGAAGAAAGCCAAGCCCGCGAAGAUCAAGUCAAAGGAAUUGGAGGCUGUCGAAGAUGUUCUUCACGGCUCCCACAUCAAUGAAGCUCGUCACGACAUCAGCGAACUCAAGGAGAAGGUCAUUGAACACACAGAAGAUCUGAUUGAAGUCAAUACUUUGGCCGAUGAUUACACUGAGACCAAGGUCGCCAAACGCCUAAGGGCAAGAGUGAAUUCUAUGAUUGCUGGAGUUGAUACUCUUGUGGCCAAAUUGGAAUCAGAAAGAAGACUGAUUAAUAAUAAGGAUGGUACUGGAAAGGCCGAGGAUAUUAUCGAGGCACAUGAAACUGAUAAGAAACAGUCAGUGAAAUUCUUAAAUUUAGAGUUUUGUGAAAUGCGAGAUUACUUUUUUGUUAUUUUAGAGCUCGGUUGGUGAAUAUUGCCGAUUUGUUAAACUCGUUGUCGAGCCUGAAGGAAGCCAGUGAUCUAGCUAAAUCUACAAGGAUAGCCGAAGUCCUGAAGGCAAUGGAUGAGGACACUGAUGGAAAGAUUGAUGCCAAAUUGGCCCUCAAAGUCAUCGAACUCUUGGGAAAACAUGGGGAUGUCGAGAUUAGCUCUUCUCAAAUGCAACAUAUUAUUGAGCUGAUGAAGAAAGAAAGCGCUGUGGAAGGCCUACAAAAGGAUGAGCAACUUCAGAAGUAAGGUUUUGAAUGAAUAAUUAGGGGAACUCGAGAUUAGAUUAUGUUAGAUGUCUAGUGAAAUAAAAAAUAAUUGUAGGAAUGGAGUAAAAAUCCUUGAAAGAGUUGUCCCUCAACUCUUGGACUUUGGUCACCACGAAUUUCCCAUCCGAGCAGCGAAUGGAUCGGACAAAACCCCUCAUCCAACAUCAUCAGAGGAGAUUGUAAGGUCGGAUAAGGAAGAUUACCCACCACGGAAACCGGACCACAGUCCUCAUCCAACUCAGUCUGAGGAGAAUGUGAGGUCGGAAACGGAAGAUUACCCUCCCAGACAACCUGACCAUUCCCCUCAUCCCACCCAGUCAGAAGAGAAUGUUCGAUCUGAAAAGGAGGAUCAUCCGCCAAGGAAACCGGACAAAACUCCCCAUCCAACAGACUCGGAAGAGGUCGUAAGAUCAGAGCAAGAAGUCGAUGGAAAGAUCCCUCCUCCACCGCCAGCGAGGUUAAGGUCUAAUCAAGCCAAGGUGGAAGGUAAGGUCAACAGAAUCCAACAUUCUCCACAGCCCACCGACUCUGA